GGCAGGGUUCCGUUGAGGACGUCACAAUGACUGAGAGGGGCGUUCCCAGAGCGCAGCGUCCCAUUGGCAGCAAUAGCGCUGGUUGCAGAAGGGGCAUACUGCGGAUUGGACAACAGCUCAGCGCGGCUGUCGUCAAAGUCCUCUCUCAGCCCCACGUGGCUCCGCUGCCACAUUCCCCCAUUGUCUGCAUGCAGGUGGAUUGACCAAUGGGAAGGACGGGAGAACCGGAAGGACGCUUGUCCUCCAACCAAUCAGAGCUUCCCCGUUGUUUGAAUGCGGAAGUUGGGCAGUGAGCUUGUUAACGUGAUCAUCACUGUCCAGCAAAGCUGCUGCUCCUCUCUCUCUGAAUGAAGAUUGAGCUUCACACAGACUAAAACUUCCUCCUGUCUCCAACAUCUGAUGUUAGAAGGGGAGGAUUUGUAGAAAGAAAUCUCAAACCAAACAUCACAUCAAGAUUUGAGAGUCACUUGAUUCACUGGGACCUGAAUAUCGUUAGCCUUUGAAUCUAGAAGGAGAAAUGUUUGUCUGUUCUGUCUGCUUCAAGAGAUUUUAAAUAUCAAUGUACCUUGAAAAGUACCGAGACACACACAGGUGAGUCUGUUCCAGUGCACUGAUGAUGUAAAGAGCUUUAACCAGCUUCACAGCCUGAAGAAACAUCGGGCCAUCCACAGUGGAGAGAGACCGUAUCUGUGCUGUGGGUGCGGGACUUCAACAGAUCGUCGAACCUGGAGAGGCAAAAGGACAUCCAAACCAUGGAGAAACCAUGGAAAUGUGGGGACUGUGGGAAGGGAUUCAAAUACCCAUCUCAGCUGGAAAUUCAUCAACGCAGUCACAGUGGGGAGAGGCCAUUCAUCUGCUCUGUAUGUGGGAAGGGGUUCAGCCAGUUAUCCUACUUGCAAUCACACCAGCGAGUUCACACCGGGGAGAGGCCAUUCACCUGCUCCGAGUGUGGGAAGGGAUUCACUGAUUCAUCCAACCUGCGGACUCACAAGCGGGUUCACACCGGGGAGAGGCCGUUCACCUGCUCUGAUUGUGGGAAGGGAUUCACUCAGUUAUCUCACCUGCAGACACACCAGCGAGUUCACACCGGGGAGAGGCCGUUUACCUGCAUUGAGUGUGGGAAGGGAUUCAGUCAUUCAUCCCACCUGCAGACACACAAGCGGGUUCACACUGGGGAGAGGCCAUUCACCUGCUCCGAGUGUGGGAAGCGAUUCAGUAAUUCAUCCGAUCUCCGAAAACACAAGCGUAUUCACACUGGGGAGAGGCCGUUCACCUGCUCUGAGUGUGGGAAGGGAUUCACUCAGUCGUCCCACCUGCAGCGACACCAAGUUCAGAAGUGAUUGCAGGAGUUGGAUUCUGCUGUUGUUGCUGCUGUUAAUCACAUCCAGGACUGAACCAUGUUCAUUCUGACACUCGGUGAAGUGGGGUGGGGGGGGGUCGGAGGGUUUCUUUCUGCUGGACAGGCCGGUCUCACGACUUUGCUUCCAGUGGCUGAUGCUCUUUGAGCCUGGGAGUGCACAUUUCCAUUAAAUAGCUUUGUUUUAUCCUGGAUAGUAAGUAGUGUUUUCCCUACCACUACAGGUAGAUCUAAAAUAAAUACAGAAAGUGUUGGAAAAAUUCAGCAGGUCUGGCAACAUCUUUGGAGAGAGAAACAGAGUUAACAUUUCGAGUCCAAAAUGAGUCUUCCUCAGAACUUCAGAGAAGGAGAAAUGUGAUGGGUUCGAUGCUGUUGAGAAAGGUGGGGAGGAUCUGGUAGAAUAAAAGGGAAAGUCAGGGAUUGGUUAGAGGGCAGGUGAGUUUAAAUAACAAAAAUGUCAUGGAACAAAAGACAAAGGGAGAGAUAAUGGUUGUAGUAAAGACACAAAACAUUGGCCCAGAGUAAGUGUUAAUGGCAGAAUAAAGGACAGCUCUGUCUGAAAGAAAAAACAUGAAAACAAGAUGCAGACUGGCAUUUGGGGAAAAAAAUUAAAACAGAGAACAGAGUUGAUGGUCCGAAGUUGUUGAACUCAAUGUUGAGUCCAGGAAGCUGUAACAUGUCUCAUCGGAGGAUGAGGUGCUGUUCAUCCAGCUUGUGUUGGGUUUCUCGGGAACAUUGCAGCAGGCCGAGGACAGAAAUGUGAGCAUGAGAGCGAGGUGGUGAAUUAUAAUGGCAGCAACUGGAAGGUCAGGGUCAUGCUUGUGGACUGAGCGGAGGUGUUCCACAAAGAGGGCAGCAAACAGGGGACAGAUGAAUUAAAGAGAAACCUUUUGGUCCAGAACAUUGUGCACAUCCUUUUACUCUGGUUGUCUUUGACCCUCAAGUAAUUUUCUGUUUUUUAACCAUGUUCUGUUUCAUUAAUAAACUUUUAUCAGUAAAAAUA